AUGAGGAGAGAACAUGAAUCAGAAUCUGAUGAUUCUGGAAGCGAAAUUCCCUCGGGAAGCAAGAAAAUUAAAUAUUCGCAAAAGUUUAAUAAAACGUGGCUAAAUGACCCCGAUUUCAAAGGCUGGUUAGAGCAAGGGGAAGAAAAUAGUGCCUACUGUAAAGCUUGCAAGAAAAAUAUAUCAGUCAAAACAACGGGAAAGGAGGCCCUAGUAAGGCAUAUUGCCAGCGAAAGACACAGAACAAGUUUGAAAUCUGUAAAAGGCCAGCAAACAUUAGCAUCUUUUAAAAAGUUUAGCAAUUUGGAGAAAACAACAAAAAAAUCUGAAAUGCACAUAGCAGCUUUUGUCUCGGAACAUAAUUUAUCCUACAAUAUAAUGAACCAUUUCGUACAACUUCUUCCCAAAAUAUGCCCCGAUUCAGAAGUAGCAAGAAAUAUUAAAUGUAAACCAACAAAAUGUUCCGCCAUAGUAAACAAAGUAAUUGGAAAAAGACAAUUAGAUAACUUGUGUGCUAUUUUAAAAAGCACGAAAUUUUCGUUAAUUGUUGACGAAUCUACGGAUAGAGGCUGCACAAAGCAUUUAUGUUUAAUAAGUAGAUAUCGCCAAGUUGGCAAAGUUGCUGAAAGUUUUCUGGCCUUGAUACCCCUCCAAGGAGCUACAGCAGAUGAUCUUCACGAAAAAAUAGUCCGUUUUUUCGAUAACAAUGGGAUUCCCUGGCGAAAUAAUUUAAUCGGUUUUGCCUCGGAUGGUGCCAGCGUGAUGGUCGGUAGACUCAAUUCAUUAACUACAAAACUACAAGCACAAAUACAAAACUUGUUCACACUCAAAUGUAUAUGCCACAGUUUUAGUUUAUGUGCAUCAAAUGCGUGCUCAAAAUUACCUAGGCGUGCCGAAGACUUGGUUCGCAAUGUAUAUAAUUUUUUCUCGAACAGCCCGAAACGUAUUGAUACCCUCAAAGAGUUUCAAACAUUUACGGAAACCCCUAUACACAAGAUCCUACAACCUUCUCAAACAAGGUGGCUAAGUCUAGAAAGUGCUGUCAACAGAAUUUUAGAGCAAUAUAAUGCUCUUGUUUUAUUUUUCACUGAUGCCGCUAUAUCUGAAGGAGUUUUAGCUGCUCAAAAUAUUUUAAAUGAUUUGAAAGAUCCACUGACAAAAGCAUUUUUACUGUUUCUACAAUUUGUUUUGCCCCUUUUUAAUAACCUAAAUAGAGAAAUGCAGGCAGAAAAGCCCAAAAUACAUAGUUUAUAUAGUUCUAUUAGCUCAAGUUACAAGGUUUUACUAGAAUAUUUUAUCAAAAGAGACAUUAUCGAGUCACAACCCUUAAAAGCUAUUAAUUAUAGAGAUCCCGGAAACGUUUUACCACUAGAAGAACUUUAUUCAGGGGCUAAGAUACCUCUACUAAUGUUAGAUAGAGAUUCUAAUUUAACUUUAAGGAAAAGAUGUUUAGAGUUUUUUGUAGAAAGUGCACACCAGAUAUGCAAGAGAUUUGAUUUUAACAAUGAGGUGUUAAUUAACAUGAAAUUAAUUGACCCUGCAACAAUAAUUAAUGAAAAACCACCUAGUGUCAUUCCCUUGGCAAAACAUUUACCUAAUUUAGUUAAUGAAAAUCAAAUUCAACCGAUAGACAAUGAAUGGCGCUUGCUUAGAAGUAAUGAAAUUUUAAAAGAUUUUCCUAGCAAUAUAAAUGCAGAAGAAUUUUGGGCAAAAAUUAGCAAAAUUCAAUAUGGAGAUGACUCCUUUAUGUUUCCUCUACUUUCAACUUUUGCAUUUAAUAUGCUGUCCUUACCACAUUCAUCUGCGAAUGUGGAACGCACAUUUUCACAAGUUAAUCUCAUGAAAACUACUCAUCGAAAUCGCCUUUCGAGUGUAUCAAUAGUAGGUAACUUGCACACUAAAAAUUAUUUGAAAACUAGCAAUCAAACAUGCUUUUCUGUGGAUUUUGGCGAAGAUAUUUUAAAAUAUCAUAAUUCCAAAAUAUACAAAAAACAAAGUGAGGAAGGGCUCACAGAUGACGACUCGGAGUCAGAUAACUAA